UGAUGUUCCAGUCUCUCGAGAUGAGACUUGUGACGUUGGAAUUAGCUGUCAGGCAGGAGCCAAGGACUUGGACGUUAAUGGCGUUGCGGGACCUUUAAGCAGUGAUCCGGGUCUGCUGGUUUUGUUAAGAAAAUAGCGUCUCUCCUGCGAAUAGCGGGUCUGUUGGGCGGUACUCCCUGCCACUGACAUGAGAAACCCGCGUCGUAAAUUUCGUCACUGUGCUGGUGAAGGCAGAGUAUCACCUUCUCCCUAUAGUCUGAAAUGCUCUCCAACUCGAGAGACACUGACAUAUGCUCAGGCACAACGCAUGGUGGAAGUUGAGAUGGAAGGGCGUCUUCAUCGAAUUAACAUAUAUGAUCCUUUAAGGAUUGUCUCAGAGGAUGAGCUAACUGCACAAGACAUCAUAGAAUGCAACAGCAACAAAGAGAAUAGUGAAUUGCCUCUCGCUUCCGCAUGUCGAAAAAUGGUCUUUAAGAGUAAAAAGCAUGAGCUAUGCCCUAAACAAUCUCAAACCUCCUCCUCCCUCCAGCUUCCCCGGCCAUGUUUUAGUGUAAUAGAGCCUGUUAGCCUGGAAACUAAAAAUGAACCGUAUUCUUUACCUGAUGGCCUCUAUUGUUAUAUUGAACGUACAACAAAAGAAAUGGACAGGGAGGUUGAAUAUGACCUGGAUGAAGUAGAUCUGGCAUGGCUGGAAAUGAUCAAUGAAAAGCGGAGGAAUGAUGGACUGUCUGUGGUGUCUGCCGAUGUCUUUGAACUUUUGUUGGAUAGAUUUGAGAAGGAAUCUUAUAUGCAAAGUCGUCGCAGUGGGGCACCACAGUCUUCUAUUGAUGAAGAUGCAUUUUGUUGCGUUUGUUUAGAUGAUGAGUGCCACAACAGCAAUGCCAUCUUAUUUUGUGAUAUCUGCAACUUGGCUGUUCACCAGGAAUGUUAUGGUGUACCAUACAUUCCUGAAGGUCAGUGGCUUUGCCGGUGCUGCCUUCAGUCACCUUCAAAACCUGUAAAUUGCGUGCUUUGCCCCAACCAAGGUGGAGCUUUUAAACAGACAAGUGAUGGGCGGUGGGCACAUGUGGUUUGUGCAAUUUGGAUUCCAGAGGUUUGCUUUGCUAACACAGUCUUUUUAGAGCCAGUAGAAGGGGUUAAAAAUAUUCCACCUGCUCGGUGGAAACUGACUUGUUACCUUUGCAAACAAAAAGGGCAUGGGGCAUCCAUCCAGUGCCACAAGGUGAACUGUUAUACAGCUUUUCAUGUGACAUGUGCCCAAAGAGCAGGCCUUUUUAUGAAGGUUGAACCUGUACGAGAGACUGGUUUAAAUGGCACCACAUUCACAGUACGAAAAACUGCUUUCUGUGAGCUCCAUUGUCCACCAGGUACACAAAAGAAAGGGAUAUUGAGAUGUGUUGACAAAGUAGAUAUUAAGGAGGAGGGAAAGGAAGAUGAGGUAAACAGAGGUGAGGUCAACAGAGAGGACAGUAAAUGUUAUAAGAAAGGAUCUGGGAAGAGGGGACGGGAGAAACAGAAGAUAAAGAAAGAGCAGAAGGAAACUGUGCGCGGAAGAGUUUCUGCACCAAUGACGACUGUUCUGCAGAUUCCCUCAUGUCGGUUAAGCAAAAUCUCUAGUGGUGUCUGUCUGCAAAAGAAAACUCAGUUCUUGCAAAGCUUACAUAGUUAUUGGAUGCUUAAGCGGCAGUCAAGAAAUGGUGUCCCUCUAAUACGUAGGCUGCACUCGCACAUGCAAUGCCAAAGAAGUGCAGAACUAAAAGAACAGGAUGAACGGACAUCUGCUGUAAAAGAGGAGCUGAAAUACUGGCAGAAAUUGAGACAUGAUCUGGAGAGAGCAAGAUUGUUGACAGAACUUAUUCGCAAGAGGGAAAAGUUGAAGAGAGAACAAGUUAAGUUACACCAAGCAGCUAUGGAGCUGCAACUGACUCCAUUCACUGUGUUCCUCCGUACCACUUUGGAUUUGCUUCAGGAGAAGGACUCUGCAAACAUUUUCACUGAACCUGUAAAUCUCAAUGAUGUUCCUGAUUAUAGAGAUUUUAUUGUUCAUCCUAUGGAUUUUUCAACAAUGAGACAAAAACUUGAGGGUCACCAAUAUACAUCGCUCCAUGCAUUUGAAGAUGAUUUUAACCUCAUGGUUUCAAACUGCCUUCGCUACAAUUCACAGGAAACAAUCUUCCACCAAGCUGCUCUCAGACUUCAUCAGUUAGGAGCAGCUAUUUUACGCCACGCCAGACGUCAAGUUGAGAGUACUGGUUAUGAUCCUCAAACUUGUCUUCACCUUCCUGAACAGCCACGCACUGCUGACUAUUAUAGGAUUUCCUGGGAAGAGGUGGAUCAGCUCCUGCUUCCAGAGAACAGAGCACAUCUUUCUCCCGAAUGCCAGUUGAAAGAACUCCUAGAAAAACUUGAAGUUGUAAAUAGCUUCCGGACUAGUGGUGCGCGCACAAGGCGUCUAAGGCUACUUAGAAGAGAGAUUAAUUUAUUACGUCAAAGGUCGGCGCCAUGCAAUCGAGACCCACAAGAGACUGAUACUGGGGUCAUCAAUGGCUUUAGGAAUCACACAGAAAGUGGCUCUGAUUCUGAUAGCAGCUCAAUUCUAAGUCGGUUGACUGUCGCGAACUGCUGUGGAAGUCUCAUGCCCCUGGGAAAGCCUGCCCUGUUACAAGUUCCCUUGUUCGAGACUAUGAAUGGUGAUUUUGAUUAUAACUGCCAAGGACGCAGUACUCUGAAGUCAUAUGACGGUGGUGCUGAACUGCAGCCUCUCCAGCUGGUGUGGGCCAAGUGUCGUGGUUACCCAUCCUAUCCUGCUCUGAUCAUUGAUCCCAAGAUGCCUAGAGAGGGGCUGCUUCACAAUGGUGUACCAAUCCCUGUGCCCCCAUUAGAGGUUUUAAAUCUGGGAGAGCAGAGGCACCUUGAAGCUGGAGGCCAGCAUCUCUUCUUGGUGCUGUUCUUUGACAACAAAAGGACCUGGCAGUGGCUUCCAAGUGACAAGGUUAUACCUCUGGGUGCUGAUGAAACACUGGAUAAACUCAAAAUGCUAGAGGGCCGGAAGGCUAGUAUACGCAAGUCGGUUCAAGUGGCUUAUGACCGUGCUAUGAAACACAAGAGCCGUGUCAGUGGGUCUCACCAAUUCAUAACGCCAAACUAUCUGUAAUGUUCUGUAUAUACUUUUAGUAUAUUGCUUCCCAUUCAGCAUGUGCCAAAACAAUUUAACCUGUAUAACAAAAUGCAGCUUCAUUGAAAAUCUUUGCAUCGGUCAUCAUCAUUCCUCUGGAAAUUUGUAACAAACAUUGAGCAACAAUAUGUCAAAUGGCCACAGCUAUGUUCCCUUUUUAGCAUAAUCCCAGUUUGUCUAAAGAAACAAUUAAAAUAAUAUAAACUU